CAUUACACGAAAGCGAGGUGGAAUACGAAAAGCUGGAGGAUAUCGCUUUCAUUGGUUUUGCUCAGCGUUGGAUGAUCUUGGAGGAGUACACUUCCUCACAGUAGUCAAAUAUUCGCAUAAAGUUAAGCCAUCAGUUAUCCAUGAAUGGUUUUAACGAUGGCGACUUCAAGGAUUUGCGGUCCAAACUGGAUGUUAUGGGCUUCAACCAGACGCUGCCCGUCCUGGCCAUUCCAUUGGUGCAAGCAAUUUUCGGUGACCUGGUCAAGACGACGGAAUGUCUUAGGGACACAAAGAAGCAAGUUGCCGAUCUGCUAGAGGAGAAAACCUGUUGGGAGCUGGGCGUUGAACCCUACAAGUGCGACAACUCCCGCCUGCUAGCUGAAUGCAAUGAGCUCCACUUGCAGUUUCUUAGGGAUCGCGAGGACUACGAGCUGCGCUUGUGUGAGGCCGAACGACGGAUGAGGAGUCUGGAGACGGACAAGGAACACUUGCAAAGCCAUAACGUGGGGUUACAGAACCAGUUAGAUGCCUUGCUAAACAAACAACUGGCUGGCACGUCUUCGACGGCUGGCAAACGAACGCAUGUGUCGUCCACCCGACAGACUAAGAAACCUUUCAUAACCACAGUACGCGCUGGAAACAUUCUGCCCUGCGUUCUUGGCACUGCACUCAAAUGUACGAAAUGCAAUGCGGGAGUAUUUCAAAAGACCACGACAACCACCCAGGAUGGGGUGACAGUCACACAGACCAGCGGCCAGGAGGAGCUCGACAAGCUGCAAAAUGAUCUAGCCACAUCCAGCGAACAAUUGGAGUUCUACAAGCGGAAAGUUGAGUCGCGCAAUCGGGAGAUUCGUCGACUGAAUGAUAUGCUAUCUGGGGGACGGCCGCCCGUUGCUUUGGCCAAGGACUGUUGCUACAGGGAAGUGGGUGCCUUAUCGGAGGACAUUGACCUGCUGCAGCGCGAGAAGGCUGAACUGAUGAUGCAGGUGCGCGAGUACCAAGACAAAAUGCACGAUGCCAUGCAGAGAGCCCUAAGCUCAGACGAGGACAAGCGGCAGCUUCAAAUGAACCUAGAUGAGCUCAAGCAGGCAGCCCUACAGGUCGAAGAGCAGGCCAAUUUGGAAAUCGAUGCCCGUGAACUGGAGGUGAAGCAUCUCCAGGUCGAGCUGAAGCAGCUGCAGCAGCGAAACGAACAAAGGUUCAAAGAUGUGCGUCUGACAGGAGGAGCAUCUCCUAUUGCUAUUCCCUGUGACAAGCGUAAUCUGAACGAACGUCUUAAUCUGCUAACCCGUCGCGAGGAGGAAUUAAAUACCAUCAUUGAUAAGCAGAAGAAAAAGCUUGGAAAAAUGCAUGCCAAGAUAAUGGAGCUGCAAAAGGAGGCGAAGGACCAUAACGAAAACAACUCCGUCACCCUCAACGAAGAGAAGAUACGGCUGACGUCCGAGCGGGACUUCUUCCAGAAGGAAUAUCUCCGGAUAAUGGCCAGAUCCGGCUCAGAGUCAGAGGUAGCCUUCCUGCGUGCUCAAUUGAAGUCCAAGGACGAGGAGCUGCGGACACUGCGGGAUGAGCUGUGCUCCAACAAACUUCAAUACUCGCCCCAAAAGAACACCCACUACGAGACCCUGCCGCCGUCCACCGCCAGUAGCUCUGGGAACAACAGCAAUCGAAGCGACUGCGUACAGGCUGCCAUCGGGCGGGUCGAAAGGGAGCGCGAUUGUGCCAGGUCGGAACUGGAGAGAGUGCGCUGCGAGCGGGACAUGAUUAGGGAGAAGCAGCUGUGCUCUGUUCAAUUGCAUGCCGAGGAGCUGCUGGUCCUGCGGCAGCGCAACGAGGAUCUCAAUGAUCGCUUGCGGCAGCUGGAACGCGACAACAGGGAACUGAACUCAGCUCGGCUUCCAGCGGAAACGAAUAUAGCCCUGCUCAAGGAGGACAUAGCCCAGCUAAGGCAUCGCGUGGCCUCGCUUCAAGCCGAAAGCGAGCAGCUAAAGACCGAGAUCGGUCAGAUAACCAUGCUCAAUGAACAGAAUGAGCGAAUUAUAGCCGACUUCCAAGGUAAACUUAUGAUAUCCGAGCGUCAGCGACAGUCGGCAGAUGUCCGGGCCAGCACACUGGACUCCAGUCGCGAAUCCAACAGGAAUGAGGUCACCCAACUGCGCGCCGAGAUCGGAGCCCUGCGCCAGACCUACAUUAGCCUGGAGACUGAAAAAGACACUCUUCUGCAUCAGUUGGAUGGCAAAACCGAGCGAGCAUAUAAAUUGGAAUACGAGCUCAAGGACUGCAAGGAGAAGCGGAAUUGUCUGGAACAAAGCGUCAAGGAACUGGAGGAGCAAGUGCGCAAACUGACCAACCAAAUUCGACAGCACGACUCGGAGCUGAAUGAGACUUCAACGGAAAGUAAAACGCUGCGGCAGCAGAUUGUGGCACUCAAAGCCAGCCGCGAUGAGGCCAUAGCAGAGAAUGGCCGCCUGAUGGACAAACUGACCGAUGCCCAGGUGGAGGCCAGGACGCUGCAGAAGAAGCUCAGGGAGUCGGAGCUGAAGGUUGCGAACAUGAAGGAGCAGCUGCACAACUACGUCCAGGAGGUUAAGAAGGCCGAGGACCUGCUCAUGCAAAAGGUAUGCUCUAACUUUAAGGAAAAGGAGCGGGACGAACUCCUGGACAACUUCCACAGCCUCACCACCGAACAGGUGGCGCUCGAGGGCAACAAUUACAGCCUGGAGUGUGAGGCAGCCGAAUCAAAGCGUCAGAUCUGCGAGCUGGAGUGCGAGGUGCGCAACCUCAAGGAUCAUCUGCAGUGCUGCCAGUGCAAACUGAAGGAGAUGGAAGUACAACUUACCGCCGCCCGGGCGAAGGCCCGCUGCCUUAAGCAGGAACUGGAGAAUGCCCGCGACGAUCUGCGCAUCCAGAAGGUCGAUCUUGACGCUCGUAGAGAGCUGUGCGACAAGCUGGAUGUGGAGAAGGAGAAGCUUAAUGCGGAGUUGAAUGAAGUCAAUGAAACUAGAAAGAAGUUGGACAAGCAAUGCAAGCAGCUGCGCGACGAACUCCAACAGACGGCGGCCGUCAACCAAGUGGCCACAGCGACCACGGACGAGUUGCUGGAGCACCUGCACCAAGAUCAACAGCGUCAGGAUGACGACGGCAUCAGGACCAACAACGAGAUGGAACGACUGCGACAUCUGUACCAACAGACCAUGGAAAAGCUGCAGGAGGAGCGUCUUCGCUGCACUCAACAGAAGCAACUGGCCACCAAGUACGAGGAGCAGGCCCGUGAACUGCGCAAGAACCUCGAGCAGGAUCGUUUCUGUAGGGCCCGUACGCGUGAAGUCAGUCCAAGGGUGCCCUCGGAAACUUUGUAG